UCACACAUUUUAUCAUUUUCUAGCGCAUCUUUGGGGUUUCAUUUUUUAAAUUUCUUUUCUGCUCUGCAACCGAAAAACAACUCUAAGAAACCCACUCUGUUCCCGUCUGAGCCAUUCCACAGGCAGUUUUCCCCAUAUUAAAAAUGCUGUCUUCCCUCAAUUUCGGGCAUACCUUGAUUUCCGUGAUAUGUUUUCUUGUAUCCAUACUUUGCCAUUCCUUUUCUCUGCCUCUUUCUAAUAUGUCUGUAUUCAAAACAGACGUCAGGAGUUUCACUCUAAACUCUCUUCUCCUGCAAACCACCUGCACUCUUACAUCUCUGUUCUCAUGGGUAGGCACGCUGAGCUCCCAGCUCAGUUGUCUUCUGAAUCCCAAGCCAUCAUCCAAGAGUGCCCACAGGGCAUCUCUCCUUGGCAGUUCCAAAGCACCGCAGACACCCUGCGUCUCAGUCAGUACUCCUCAUCUCUUUCCCCAUGUGCUUCCCACUGUGUCCUCAAGAGAGUAAAUUGCCCCAGCAACUUUCCACUUUCACAAGACAGUGACUUGUGUGCCUUCUCCAUUUCUUUGACUCAUAUAUUAAAUUAUAAUAGAGGUAUCUGUAUACCCAAACUCCUGAAUCCGUAUUACAUAAAUGCGCUUUUUUCAUUCCCCGCCUCAUGUCUGAGCUCAGACCACACCAUCUCCCCCCGACUUGGAUACCUUCCAUGUUUCCAGUGGUCUAUUCCUAUUCUAUACCGCAGUAAAGUGAUUUUUCUAAAACAUGGAUCUGUUCCUGUCACUCUCCUGUCAAAACUCAUCCAUGUAAAGUCUGACUAGUUUGCACUUGGGGACUGGACAGAGUGAGAAGAGAUCUUGUGUCAGCCAGGACUCUGGUAGACGCCCCUAUGCAAUAUCCACUUGUGGUGGUCGGGGGCGGGGAAGGGGCGGGAUUGAGCCCCCUUCCCCCUCCUCCUUACUGCGGAAAGCUGCAGAGCGAGAGCAGCACUCACUUCCUAUUCAGCAUUCAGCCGAGAGGGAGCCUCUGAACAGCCACGUAGGCAUUCUCUUCUCUCUGGAGGAAAAGGCCCAGCAGCUGUCCGAGGAAAAGACCCACCAGCUGUCAGCCAAGGGACAUGUCGCAGCUAAGUAAGAAUCUGGGUGAUUCGAGUCCUCCAGCGGAGGCCCCGAAGCCGCCUGUCUAUAGCCGCCCUACGGUUCUGAUGCGGGCCCCGCCCGCUUCCUCCCGGGCUCCACCAGUCCCUUGGGAUCCACCUCCAAUUGACUUGCAGGCUUCAUUGGCCGCUUGGCAGGCACCCCAGCCUGUCUGGGAGGCCCCGCCGGGCCAGCUGCCUGCCCCGCUGCCUGCCCCGGUGGCUCCGAUGCCCCAGCCUCCAGCCCUAGGGGGUCCGAUGGUCCAGGCUCCCCCACUGGGGGGCCCGAUGGGCAAGCCUCCGACUCCUGGAGUGCUAAUGGUCCAUCCUCCGCCUCCGGGAGCCCCGAUAGCCCAGCAUCCAACUCCGGGAGUCCUGAUGGUGCAUCCUUCAGCUCCCGGAGUCCCUAUGGCCCACCCUCCUCCUCCGGGGACCCCUAUGGCCCACCCUCCCCCUCCGGGCACCCCGAUGGCCCACCCUCCCCCUCCGGGCACCCCGAUGGCCCACCCUCCCCCUCCGGGCACCCCGAUGGCCCAUCCUCCCCCUCCGGGCACCCCGAUGGUGCAUCCUCCCCCUCCGGGGACACCGAUGGCGCAUCCUCCCCCUCCGGGGACACCGAUGGCCCAGCCUCCAGCUCCGGGAGUCCUGAUGGCCCAGCCUCUGACUCCGGGAGUCCUGAUGGUCCAGUCUCCUGUGGGAGCCGCGAUGGCCCAGCCUCCGCCUCCGGGAGCCGUGAUGACCCAGCCUCCACCUCUGGGAGCCGUGAUGACCCAGCCUCCACCUCCGGGAGCCGUGAUGACCCAGCCUCCACCUUCAGCAGCACCGAUGGCCAAGCCUCCAGGUCCUGGAGUCCUGAUGAUUCAUCCUCCAGGUUCGAGAGCUCCGAUCACCCAGCCUGCAGCUUCAGGAGCACCGAUGGUGCAGCCGGCUGCCCCACCUGGGCAGCCUAUGGCUUCUUGGGCCCCGCAGGGUCAACCACUGAUCCUGCAAAUCCAGUCUCAGGUUAUAAGGGCUCCUCCGCACGUUCCCCAGGUCCCGCAGGCGCCCCCUGCGCAGCUGGCCACACCCCCCGGCUGGCAGGCCACCUCGCCAGGGUGGCAGGCCACGCCGCAAGGCUGGCAGGCUACACCCCUGACCUGGCAGGCCACGCAGGUAACCUGGCAGGCGCCAGCAAUCGCCUGGCAGGCGCCACCGCCCAUGCGCCAGGGCCCCCCACCCAUCCGCCCUGGCCCACCGCCCAUCCGCCCUGGCCCACCGCCGGUGAUGCGCCAGGCACCACCUGUGAUGCGCCAGGCACCACCUGUGAUCCGCCAGGCACCACCUGUGAUGCGCCAGGCACCACCGCUGAUCCGCCAGGCACCGCCGCCCAUCCGACCUGCCCCACAGGUCAUUGCCACGCAGCCACCUCUCUGGCAGACCCUGCCACCCCCACCUCCUUUGCGGCAGGCCCCGCAGGCUAGGCUGCCGGCCCCGCAGGUGCAGGCGGCGCCGCAGGUGCCUACGGCUGCAGCUGCUACGCAGGUACCCGCGGCGCCACCCGCUGGCCUGCAGGUGCCGCAGCCUGUGCUGCCGGCCCCGCUGUCUGUCCCACUGUCUGCCCCUCCGGCUGUGCACUGCCCCUCCAUCAUCUGGCAAGCCCCGAAAGGCCAGCCCCCAGUGCCACAUGAGCUACCAACGUCGUCGAUGGAGUUCCAGGAGGUGCAGCCAACUCAGGCAGUAGCCUGGCAGGCCCCGAAGGCCCCCACUCAUUUCUGGCAGCCCCUGCCUGCUCAGGAGGCCCAGAGGCAGGCUCCCCCGGCUGUACAGCAGCAGCAGCAGCCCUUUCGGGGAGCCCCGCCCUCCCAGAAAGUCCUGCAAAUCCAGCUACCCGCCGAGGAGGCCGAGCCCUCGGACCCGCAAGCAGAGCUGCCUGCGGUGCAGCACCAAUCCUCCUGGCAAGGCCCCCAAGAAGUCUUGCAGGCCCAGCCCGGAGCCCCAAUAGCCUCGUCAAAUUUUCCCCGGGGCUCGGCUAAAUCAUUGAUGACUCCAUCAGGAGAAUCCAGGGCCUCUUCUAUAGAACCCAGGGGCUCUUCUAAAGAACGUAGGACCUCUUCGAAGGAACGGAGGGCCCCUUCAAAGGACCGCAUGAUCUUUGCUGCCACCUUCUGUGCUCCCAGGGCAGUGUCCACUACACGAGCACACCUGCCAACUGCCUGGAAGAGCCUGCCUACCACAUCGGAGACCUUCACUGCCACCUCAAGGGCCUUUCCCUCUACCUCCUAUUUUCAGCCUGCCUCUUCUAAUGCCUUUCCAGGCCCCUCUGUCACCUCGGAGGCCCCAAAGUCACUGCCAUUUCCUCUGCAGGAUCCCUUUGCCUGUGCAGAGGCCCUGCCUGCAGGCCCAUGGGUUCCACAGCCCAAUGUGAGUGCCUCAAAUGCAUCGAAAGCAGUGCCCACUGUCCUGAUGGCUACAGCAGCUGCCCCCCAGGCAACUGCCACUGCUUCAGAGGCCUCAAAGACCUCCGUGGAGCCCCCACGCCGCUCUGGCAAAGCCACCCGGAAGAAGAAGCAUCUGGAACCUGAAGAGGACAGCCGCGGCCAUACAUUGGCCUUUCGUGACUGGCAGGACCAAAGGUCUUGGGAGAAUCCGAAUCUGAGUGCCUGGGCAGUCCAAAGCCCUAUCCAGGUCUUGGGUGACUGGGAGACCCCAAGCAUUCCCCAUGGCCUGAAUGGCUGGGAGGGCCCUAGUACCUCCAGGAUCCUGAGUGGCUGGGAGGGGCCCACCACAACUUGGGCACUCAGUACCUGGGAGGGGCCAAGCACCUCGAGGGGCCCAGGUACCUUUGAAGGACCAGGUAUCCCUCAUACCUUAUUUAUCUCUGAGGUCCCCUGUCUCUCUCAGGGGUCCAGUGCCACUCAGGUUGAGGUGGAGGCACAGCCAUUGUCUCCCCUGGAUGAGAGAGCAAAUGCAUUGGUGCAGUUCCUCUUGGUCAAGGACCAAGCCAAAGUGCCAAUCCAGCGCUCAGAGAUGGUGAAAGUCAUCAUCCAAGAAUAUAAAGAUGAGUGCUUAGAUAUUAUCAGCCGUGCCAACAGUAAGCUGGAGUGUGCCUUUGGUUAUCAAUUGAAGGAAAUUGAUGCCACAAACCACUCCUAUAUUAUCAUCAACAAGCUGGGGCAUCCUACAGGUGAUUUGGUGGCAUCCUACCUAGACAAGCCCAAGCUAGGGCUCCUGAUGGUGGUCUUGAGCCUUAUUUUCAUGAAGGGCAAUUGUGUCAGGGAGGAUCUGAUCUUUAAUUUUCUGUUCAAGUUAGGGUUGGAUGUCCAGGAGACAAAUGGUCUCUUCGGAAAUGCAAAGAAGCUCAUCACCGAAGUGUUUGUGAGGCACAAGUACCUAGAGUACAGGCGAAUCCCCUGCACUGAGCCAGCAGAAUAUGAGUUCCUCUGGGGCCCUCGAGCAUUCCUCGAAACCAGCAAGAUGCUUGUCCUGAGGUUUCUGGCCAAGCUCCAUAAGAAAGAUCCACAGAGCUGGCCAUUCCAUUACUUUGAAGCGCUGGCAGAGUGUGAGUCUGACGAUACAGAUGAGGAUGAUUCUGAAGCCGGUGAUGAUCCCGGCAGCCCCACCAGCAGCCCCCCUCCCCAUUAAUAAGUGCAGCAGAGAUCUCGUUCAUUUGUUUUCCCUGGGGCCACUGAUGGGGGAGGGGGUUACUAUGUUUCUGGUGUUUAUGUUCCAGUUCCAUGUGUGUAAGUUUGGAUUUUUCCAUUUGUUUCCAUAUCUGCCAAAGCUUUGUACAUUUUCAUGUGGUGUUGAUUUCAAUUGGCUACUGUUCUCUUUGGUAUUUUGGCAUUUGUAUUUUUAAGUGAAAUCUGUGGUUCUCUGUUUUGUGUUAUAAUUGUUAUGUUUUGGUAUCAGAAUUGUGCUGGCUUUGUGAAAUGAAUUGAGAAGCUAUCCAUCUCAUUCUGGUACUAAUUAUGUAGCAUUGUAAUUGGUUGUUCUUUGAACGUUAAAAUGACUCAUCAGUAAAACUGUCUACAGAAAAGUAAAUAUCUAUAUCUAUAUAUAUAAAUAUACUUUUAGCAUAA